AUGGACGGAAACAACUCGGUCUUGUCUGUCGAGGAGCAAUUUCCAACAGACCCUUAUGAAAAUUCGACCGAGGCGGAUUGGGAGGGGCCCAUCGCAGACACCGGGACCGGGAGGCUGCCGCCUGUUGAGCUUAUAUAUGGCAAUCCCGACCAUCCUCGACCCGAAGCUGGCCAUGAGCCGAAGUCUAGCUCUCAGCGGAAAUCACAGGCCGCCGAGGAGGGACGCCGGAAUGGACAGAACUGCACAUUCAAUUGCUUCAAGAGACUGGCCAGCCAUCUCGGCGAUUUAAACACCAUGGAACGGCAACCGAACAUGAUCUGCCUGGAUGUUACACUCUCCCAUGCUGACAUGGUCAUAGGCUGCGCUCACAAGGUGUUUGGGUGCUACUCCUGCCGGCUGGAUACCAAGGUGCUGCUGAUGCUCAUGACUGCGCUGCAGACAGUGCUAAACUGGGUACGGGUCGAAUACACAAGUAGUCAGCAGGGAGACGCUCCGUGUAAUCUGCCAGAAAUACUUUUUGGCAGCUGGAAAGUGCCCAGCGAGGACGGCCAUCACAUUAAACGUUUAUUGACUCGGAGAAUCCUUGCCACUUGUGAGUCUGCCAUAAAAGUCCUGCGGUUUCGGCUGGACGAAAUAGCGCUUGAUACAAGCAGAGGGAACCUGACAUACCAACUUCUGGAUGUUGAGUCGCUCCAGAAUACGUUGCAACGGUUGGCUUCAUCAUUAAAACAGCUCAUGGAGGUUAUCAAGGAGCCGUCGCAUGAGCGCGAUGUAAAUGCCAUGACAGCAUAA